GCGCGCUCCCCGCCCCGGUGCAGCCCCUCCUCCCGGCCGUGUUUAUUAGGGGAAGCAGGGCGGAGGCGGAGGCCAGUUCCCCAGCUCCAGCCGCCGCCGCAGCACCCAGCCUGCCUGGGGAAGGAGGGAAGGGAAGAGGGAGGGAGAGCACCAGACCCGAGAGCUUGGGUGCCCCUGGCCCGCUCCUCCCGCAACCAUGAACCCCAAUUGCGCCCGGUGCGGCAAGAUCGUGUACCCCACGGAGAAGGUGAACUGUUUGGACAAGUACUGGCACAAAGCAUGCUUCCACUGUGAGACCUGCAAGAUGACUCUCAAUAUGAAGAAUUACAAGGGCUAUGAGAAGAAACCCUACUGUAAUGCACACUACCCCAAGCAAUCAUUCACGAUGGUGGCCGACACUCCUGAGAACCUGCGUCUUAAGCAGCAGAGUGAGCUCCAGAGCCAGGUGCGUUACAAGGAAGAAUUUGAAAAGAACAAGGGGAAGGGCUUCAGCGUGGUGGCUGACACACCUGAGCUACAGAGGAUUAAGAAGACUCAGGACCAAAUCAGUAAUAUAAAGUAUCAUGAAGAGUUUGAGAAGAGCCGGAUGGGUCCCAGCGGGGGCGAGUGUUCUGACCCUGAACGCCGAAAUUCCCAAGACAGCAGCAACUACCGUCGACCCCAGGAACAGCAGCAGCUGCCACAUCAUAUCCCAGCCAACGCCCCUGUUUACCAGCAGUCUCAGCAACACCAGCAGCAGCAGCAGCAGCAGCAGCCGUCACAGUCCUAUGGCUACAAGGAGCCAGCUGCCCAGGUCUCAAUACAGCGCAAUGCCCCAGGAGCGGGCGGGAGGCGGUACCGUGCUGUGUAUGACUACAGUGCAGCCGAUGAGGACGAGGUGUCAUUCCAGGAUGGGGACACCAUUGUGAACGUGCAGCAGAUCGACGAUGGCUGGAUGUAUGGCACUGUGGAGCGCACUGGUGAAACUGGCAUGCUUCCUGCCAAUUAUGUGGAGAUCAUCUGAGCCCUGCCCUGCUCCGGCUGGCCCAGCGCCGCCUUGCCCGCCCACCUCAUCUUCGAUGCAUUCCUCCAUUGCUCUCCUGUGAGCCGUGAACCUCUCUCCCCAUCAGUAGUUUCUGUUUUUUAGAAUCUGAGACAGGUUGUUCUCCCCCAUGCCCUCCCCCCCCCCCCAGUUUCUUUGGCCAAUAUAAAAGCUCUUUGUGUAGGCCCUCUUUCCCAUAGGGGUUUAUUUUUCUCUCCUCCCCCUUGUUUUCUCUCUGGGUUUAGCAAAUGGGAAAUCUCAUCCAGGAGGGGAGCGAAGAGUGGUGGGGAUGGAUGGAGAGACAGGGCCUGGUCAGUGACUGAGAUUCCAUGUGACCUCUUGGGAACAGUCGCUCCUGGUUUCUCUCCCUCCUUCCUUUUCCUUCUCUCCGCUGGACCUGCCCUCUCCCCACUUUCACCUCAGCAAAGUAAACAUUCCAGGGUUCCUGCAGUUCCGGGUCCCCUCUCAGCUUCCUCCAGGGCUGGGCCAGGGAAAGAAGGAAUAACAGGGUCUUAGGGACCAGUGUGUCUCACAAGGCAAUGCUUGGGUUUGUACCAGGCUUUCAUCUUGUGGCCUCUCUGCCUGAGGUAUUCCCCUCAUGGCCUCAUUCAUCUCCUUCAUUAGCUCCCCUAUUUGGAUAGAUCUAUGAUCUUCAUUAUCUCAAAAGCAAAAAGCCGGAGUGGGUGCAGGGGUUGGGGUGGAGGGUAUAGGGAGGAGAGAGGAAAUCCCAACCAUUCCUCCAGUUCCUUCAGUUUCAGGUUUCUCAUUUUUUCUCCCCACCCCAGCCCUGUUUUCUCCCUGUUCACACUGUGAUUUAACCAACCCACCCAGAUUCAAACAGUGUAGCUUAAAGAAUGGACCUGACACAGUCCCUGUUUAAACAUUUCUGCCUUUUCAUUAAUUCUUCACAAGAAGCUACAGAACUCAAAGAAAUCUCUCUCUCUCUUUCUCUCUCUCUCCUCCCCCCCACCCCCUACACCUUCAGUGCCCCAGAGCUAGGGCAAGGAUGCAUUCUCCAGGACAUCUGCUUCCAAGGGGGCUGGUACCCUUCUCUGUCCCAGCACCUGGUGGCUGUGGGCACCUGAGGGGCCAAAAGGGGGGAGCAGGGUGGGAACCAAGGGACCACCUUAUAAGGCAGAUCCAGGCCUAGCUUCCUCCAAGGGCUUUCUGGGCACCUGAUUAGUGCCUGCUUGAUGACGAUUCCUAUCCUCUCCUUGUUUCUUUGCUGUCAUCUUAGUCCAUCAUAGAGGAGAACAUAGUAGAUUGGGGUUCUGUGGUCCCAUGUUCUUUUCCUGGCCUGCCCCAGCCCAGCUGCUAACCAAGCCUUGACCUUAGCUAACUUGGCAGGAGCCUCCGUGUUGAUGGCUCUUCAUACAGGGAGGAAAGGGUGUCAGUGGGUUGUUCUGUGUCCGUGUUCUGGGUGUAGGUGACCCUGUACCCAUCUGCCUUCUCCCAACAUUUGUCCAAAAUGGAGGUUGUUGGAGGAAGGGAAGAAUAUGGAUUCCUCCCCUUUCUGGUCCCUCUUCCUCCCCCCAAUCAAGCAAGCAUGCCCAUGCCUCUGCCCCGUUUUGGCUUCUGGGCGAAAAUAUUGAAGUGUACAUAAUGGUGGUGGAGCCCGUCAAGCCCCCUUCCUUUUGUGUAUGACUUAACAAAUAAAAAAAAAAGUGCCAUCCUCCUGGCUUUGUAGAACUGGCCCCAGCCCCAUCCUUGGAAUGGGAGCACAGGAGGGGAAAUGGGGGUGAGUUCUUUUUCCUGAACAGAUUCAUGGUAUAACUGUUAAGUGCUAGUCCCUCCCGAUCCUUGCUGGCUGUUUAGGAGCUCUGGGUAGGGGUGUGGAGGACUUUGCAGUUGCCCAGCCCCGCCCCCUCCCCAGGAAUGGACACCACAGCCUCUCUGGCCCUAACUUCUGAGUUCCAUUCUCUUACACCAGACAUUCACCAACACAGACCUCCACUUGGGGGUAGGUCCCAAGACAAUCCUAAUAACUGGAAACUGCUCCCCCAGAGCUAGCGCUCUGGCUGCUAGGGGAGGAAUGGGAAGAUGGUGCUAUAUCGAACUUCCCUUCUUUGUAUCACCAGCAGCUGAGAAAAUCCUCGCUGGGCUCUGGAGGGUCAAGCCUCUUCCAUCUCGCUGGGAUUUGGGUGUAGCUUCCAUUGGUUCUUUCAUUUGGUCCCAGACUCUCUUACCCAGCUUCUCCACCCUCCAAGCGACAGGGAUAUUUUUGUACAUGGGAUGAGAGUGGAAGCUGUCUUGUGGAGGGUCUGAUCAAAGGAAAAAGCUCCUUUGACAAGCACCAAAUCAUCAGGGAUUUUUUAUUUUUAUUUUUUUUUAUUUUUUGAGAAGGUGGUUGUGCAUUGAGCACUAGAAUGUUUUCCAAACAUUGGAACAUUGGUGGGGAACAGCAUUUCCCACCUCGGCUCUUUUUCCGACUUCAUCCCAGUUUCGUGCUUUAGGUUGGCAAGCUGAGGGACUUGGGGUGCAAGAGGAAGAGGAAAUGUCUGCCUUUCUGGAAAGGCAAUCCAAGAAGCUAGAGUGGGGAGCUGGCCUAUUUCAUGAAAAUCUCAAAGCACAGUGCAGACUCUGGGACCAAAGACCGAUUGACCUUGUUGGAAGGUUUUGGGUUGGUAGGUGGGAAGAAACAGUACAGAUAGAAGGGAAGGCUUGAGGGAGGGAGAGGGAGGAUAGAAUGAAAUAACCUAUUUUCAUACAUCUCAGUUUACCUCCUAUAAAGGGCCAAUUUGAGCCUAUAGACCCUUCCAACCUCUUUUCACAUAGUCUCCUAUUUUCCCCAGUCUUGGGAUUAAGAUACAGUGAGGGGGGGGGGGCAGCUAGGUGGCACAGUGGAUAAAGCACCACCCUGGAUUCAGGAGGACCUGAGUUCAAAUCUGGCCUCAGACACUUGACACUUGGUAGCUAUGUGACCCUGGGCAAGUCACUUAACCCUCAUUGCCCUGUCCCCCCAAAAAAGAUACAGUGGGAUACAGGGUUCUAGUGGGUUUCUCACCAUCAAUUACUCCCCAUGAAGUAUAGUGGGGAAGUAGGAUACAGGGGUGGGGGGUGGGUGGGAAGGGAAGGGAAGGGUGAGAAUGUUGGCCUGGGAAGAUUUCUCAUGAAAGGUUUGUUGUACCUGAGCCUGGCUUUUGAUGAAGGUGUUUCUGGCCUAGGUUCUCUCUCAGUUAAGCCCUGUUCCAGUAGGGGGUGGCUGCUUGGGGUCUCCCUUUCUUAAAGUCCUCAGUUCUUAAAGCCAAUUCUGAUCCAGGAAAAACCAAACCAAACCACAACAUAACUGUAAUGUGAAUUUUAUUCAAGUGGGACCAAAACCAGAAAUAUUUCCCAGAAAGGAAGAUGGCUAAAAAUUGUGAAUUCUCUGUGACACUGGUUUACUUGUUCUCUUAUCUCAUUCCCUCUUUUUCCUUUUCUCCCUCACCCCUUCCCCUUCCCUUUAUUGGGGGGGGUGGGGGAGUCCUGGGGGGCAGGGAAAAGAAUUUCCUCUCUGCUUGAUUUCUGCCUUUUCUCUCACAUACGCACUUUUGGGCCUUUGUUUAUAGCUGAAAAACACCUAAACCUGUAUUUAAAAAGAAAAAGUAAACAGAAAUGACCCUGUUAGAUUUGCUCUGUGUAAACACUUUUUCCAUAUGUGUGUGGCGUGUUCAUUUGAAGCUUUGAAUUGUGUUUUUAGUGCUGGGCUUUGGAAAUUAAUCUUUUUUAUUUGGGGUUGUCUUUCUUUUUUUCUCCUCCCCCCCCCCCUUUCUUUUUGGAGGGGUGGUGGUGGUCUGUUUUGGUUUCCUCCCUGUGGGCAUGUGCCCAGGAUCAAAUUUUUCUGGCCUUUUUAAUUCAGAACAGUUGAUAGACCCACAAGGGAAUACUCUUGGUGACUCAGAUCAAAAUAAAAAUAUAAUUUUUACCUGCUGA